CUAGCUAGCUACUUUUAGUUUGCAUUCCUGCAUUCUACUAAAAAAGUCGCAUUAUUAUUGUUAUUCUUUAAUGACGCAAACGCCUUCAUGUAGCCAUCGCCUGUCUACUACAUGUAUGUAGUAUCACUUCCGCACCCAUCCCCUGUCACUUCCGCACCUACUAGUACGGUACAGAUCCCUCUCUUGUGUUCUCUUCGGUAUUCUAUUGAAUUACUAGUAUCGGUGCCUGUCAACAGUGAAGAUGGACGUCGAAUGUAUGGUAACCGUGGUGGCAGCCGAAUCUGGCAUGUCCGAGACUCUUCCCGUGUCAUUGGCAACCACCGUCAAGGAAUUGACUGAUUUUUCCACCGCCAUGCUCGGAUUAUCCGGCAAUGUACAACUCUACAAGGAUGGAUCCCCUUUGGACCCCAAUAAGACAUUGCAACAAGCAGGAGUCAAGAAUGGAGAUUUGUUGGCCGCUCAAAAAGUAGCCGCUGCGGCAGCACCUCCACCACCUGCUCCAGCCACUGUCGGUGGAUUGGAUUUUUCCGCCAUGUUGGCCAAUGCCACUUCGGCAGCAGCACCCGUGGCGGCGGCUCCUGCCAGUGGAGGACUGGAUUUUACCAAUCUCAUUAUUGGUCAACAACUCAACAACAAAACCAAUAACGCCGAGCCCGUCUAUUAUCCCGGCAUGACACUCAAUGAUGCCCUCGACCACAACACCAAUCCCGAACAUAUUGUCACUCUCCUACAAACCCGAGAACACUUGUUCAAAGAACUCAAUUAUCAUCAACCUGUCUUGGCCAACAAACUACGAAAUCAACCCUAUCAAAAAGCUGUACAAAUUUGGCGGGAAGAAAUUCUAAAAGGAGGCAUUCAAUCUGCCAUGUCACACAACAAUACGCAACUCAAGGAACAGGAGUAUCGACAGCGCUUGGAAAAGAAUCCCAAUGACAAAGAAGCCAAGGAAUACUUUGAUUCUCAAAAGAGAGAGCAACAGGUUCGAGAACAAUACUUCCAAAUGAUGCAGGAGUAUCCAGAAUCAUUAGGCCGAGUGCUCAUGCUCUACAUUGAGGCCAAAAUGAAUGGCCAUUCGGUGCAAGCCUUUGUCGAUAGCGGUGCACAAAAUACCAUUAUGAGCAAAAAGACUGCCACCAUGUGUGGAAUCAUGGAUCUCUUGGAUACACGGUUCCGGGGAGUCGCCGUUGGUGUGGGGACGGGAACCAUCUUGGGACGGGUUCACAUUGUGCAACUACAAGUGGGAGACUAUUUCUUUCCCUGUACCAUUACCAUUAUGGACGAUCCACCACCAGGUAGUGAAGCCAAAGAUAUGCCAUUUCUGUUGGGAUUGGACAUGCUCAAACGACACACCUGUUCUAUUGACUUGGAGAACCAAGUUUUGAAGUUUCGACUGGCACCUGGAAAGUAUCUAGAGACGCCCUUUCUACAUGAAAAGGAUCUUGAUGAGAGUCAAGGUGGGACGAAAGGAUUUGAUGCCGAGAAGUCAAACCUAGAAUUGGCCGAGUUGCAGCGUAAACAUGAGGAGGAAGAAGACAAAAAGGAUGGUGAUAGCAAGAUGGAGUGAAUGAAUCAAUCAGCUUUGACAAAGACCUCAGAAUAAGAUCUGGUGUGUUCCCCAAAGCGAGGUGAUCAUGUCGACUAGAACAAGCAAAAAGCGGUGCUCGAUUCUUGUAGGCUGUGGGCCCGUUGAAGGCGCUGGCAGCCAGCUGUGCCGUGGUCGAAGUGAUGAUGCGUCAGUCGCCCUUUAGGGACUACCUAGGCCAGAAACCGCUCUACCGUUGUCGUACUAGUAGUAGUCUAUUCAACCCUAAUCGUCCUAGCUAAAACACAUUAGGCUA